AUGGAAAAGUUUAAUGUAGAUUUAAAUGAUUUGUUAGAAAAAAAAGGUUCAAAUACUUCAUUUUUGAAAAAGCUUAAAUAUGAUCAACUAAUUUCACAUAUAAUUCAACUAAAGAAUAAUUCAAAAAAAAAGGAACCGAAUGAUUAUAACCUUUUAAAAAAAUACGACGUGUUAAACGUUGCUAAUGUUAACAAGUUAAUUGUACCUGUAUCUGAAAAUAAUGAAAUUAAAUAUUAUGUACACGAUGAAGAGGUAAUUGAUAUUAUACACGAUGUUCAUUUAUCAAUUGGACACGGUGGCCGAAACAGAAUGGAACACGAGAUAAAUACAAAGUACAAAAAUAUCACUAGAGAUAUUAUUAUGCUAUACUUAAAUAGUUGCGAAUCAUGUCAAAAAAAAGGAAGCACAGCCAAGAAAGGGCUGGUGGUAAAACCAAUUAUAUCUUCUAAGAUGAAUUCUCGUUGUCAAAUUGACCUAAUAGAUAUGCAAGCACAAUCGGAUGGUGAGUAUAAGUUUAUAUUGGUUUACCAGGACCACCUCACAAAAUACGUACUACUUCGACCGUUAAAACACAAACGUGCUGAAAACGUAGCGUAUGUAUUAUUAGAUAUUUUCACAACAUUCGGAGCACCGUCAAUUUUACAAUCGGAUAAUGGUCGAGAAUUUGCAAAUAAAGUUGUAACUGAAAUAUGUGCGAUAUGGCCAGAACUUAAAAUAGUUCAUGGUAAACCUCGUCACUCACAGAGCCAGGGUUCAGUUGAACGAGCUAACCAGGACAUUGAAAAUAUGCUUGCUACUUGGUUGACAGAUAACUGUACUAAAAAAUGGAGUGAGGGGUUAAAAUUUAUCCAGUUUAUGAAAAACCGUGCAUUACACUCAGGAAUAAAAUGUUCACCUUACGAAGCUAUGUUCGGUACAAAAGCAAAAAUUGGAUUAAAGAGUACACUUCUGCCAAUAAAUAUAAUAAGCAAUUUAAGAACCGAAGAAGACCUCGAAACAGCUCUGAAUUCUAUUUCCACUACUUCACUAUACACUUUACUUGUAAUUUGCAAGGAAAGAUUUCUGAAAGUCGAUGAUGUGCCACAAACCAAGAUUUCACUCCGAGAGACAGCACGGACAUUUUCUAAUUUGAGUGGUCAGGGCUACGACCGAUGUACGUGUGCACAAAAAUGUAAAACACGGAAGUGCAAGUGCAAAGCUGCGGAGAGACUAUGCACGUCAAAAUGCCACGGGAGUAGUGCAUGCGAUAAUAAGUAA